CAGUUGAGCCGGUGUAUGUGCGGCAAUAACAUGUCCGCCCCGCUUCCCGCCAUCAUGCCCGCCGCCCGGAAAGCCACCGCUGCUGUGAUUUUCCUUCACGGAUUGGGAGAUACAGGGCAUGGAUGGGCGGAAGCUUUUGCUGGUAUCAGAAGUUCACAUAUCAAGUAUAUCUGCCCGCAGCCAGUUAUGCCUGUAACAUUGAAUAUGAACAUGGCUAUGCCUUCCUGGUUUGAUAUUACUCGGCUGUCACUAGAAUCACAGGAGGAUGAACCUGGAAUUAAACAGGCAGCAGGUAAUGUCAAAGCUUUGAUAGAGCAAGAGAUGAAGAAUGGCAUUCCUUCUAACAGAAUUAUUUUGGGAGGAUUUUCUCAGGGAGGAGCGUUAUCUCUGUACACCGCUCUUACCACGCAGCAGAAGCUGGCGGGAGUCACGGCCCUCAGUUGCUGGUUCCCUCUACGGGCUUCGUUUCCACAGGGUCCUAUCAGUGGCCUUAACAGAGACAUUCCUAUUCUUCAGUGCCAUGGAGACUGCGACCCUUUAGUUCCCCUAAUGAUUGCUUCUCUUACUUCUGAAAAGCUAAAAACAUUAGUAAAUCCAGCGAAUAUAAUCUUCAAAACCUAUGAAGGCAUGAUGCACAGUUCGUGUCAGCAGGAGAUGCUGGACAUCAAGCAAUUCAUGGAUAAACUUCUGCCUCCGGUUCAUUGACGUCAUUAAGAGGCCUUGUGUGGAAGUACCACCAGCAUCACUGUAGUGUAUAAACCUCUUCCCGUGCCCAAUCCUGAAACUUCGAACGUUUGCAGUGUUUUUCAGAUAUACACCCAUAACACAGACUACAUAAUAAUAAUAUCUCCUUCUGGGAAAUAAUGGUCUUUUAAGUUUCUAUACAUGUGUUUAUAUGAUUCAGAAUAUACUAGUAGUAAAAUAGGUGAAGCAGCUAACUUUUUCCCAAAUGUAAUUCAGCAAAAUAAUAAAAUAUUGUAACCAGAUUUUUUAUUACAUCAUUUGAAAAUUAUUAGUAUGCUUAAUGAAAAUUUGUUCAGGUAUAAAUGAGCAGUUGGGAUAUAAAUUAUUUAUGCAUCCUGUGACU